AUGCCUUUUAAUGACAUUCAUAAAAACGUUUCCCAAAGCUGUAUUCAACAUGUAGAUCCAGAAGAAAUAUAUCUACGGCAAGAAAAAAUUGGUUCAGGAAGUUUCGGUUCAGUAUAUAAAGGUUUUAAUAAAAAAACCCGUCGACCUGUAGCAAUCAAGAUUAUAGACUUAGAAAGCACAGAAGAUGAAGUAGAAGAUGUUAUGUUAGAAAUAAAUAUUUUAAGUCAAUUAAAUUCUCAAUUUAUUACAAGAUAUUAUGGAUCCUAUUUAAAAGAUACCAAACUUUGGAUUAUAAUGGAAUAUUGUUCCGGAGGAUCUUGUUCUGAUUUAAUGAAACCAAGACCAAUAGAGGAAGAAUACAUAGCAAUUAUAAUGAGAGAAAUACUACGUGGACUAGAAUAUCUUCAUAACGAAGGAAAACUUCAUAGAGAUAUUAAAGCGGCAAAUAUUCUUUUGAAUUCUACAGGUGAUGUCAAACUAGCAGAUUUCGGUGUAUCAGGACAGCUUACUGCUACUAUGAAUAGGAAAAAUACAUUCGUGGGAACUCCUUUUUGGAUGGCACCUGAAGUAAUAAAACAAUCAGGAUAUGACUUUAAAGCAGAUAUAUGGUCUUUAGGAAUUACGGCUAUAGAAUUGGCAAAAGGGGAACCACCAUAUGCAGAAUUACACCCAAUGAAAGUAUUGUUUUUAAUACCUAAAAAUGAUCCUCCACUAUUAGAUGGUCCAUUUUCAUCAGCUUUUAAAGACUUUGUACGUCUAUGUUUACAAAAAAAUACAAAUAAUCGUCCAAGUGCGAAAGAACUUCUAAAACAUCGUUUUAUACGAAUGGCUAAAAAGACAUCUUACUUAACAGAACUUAUAGAAAGGCAUGAGCGAUGGAUAUCACAAGAAAGAUACCGAAAAUAUGACGAUGGCUCUGGUGCAGAAGAUGAAGAAUUAUCAUCCGAUUCAUUUGAUACUUAUUGGGAGUUCGAGACACUUAAAUAUGAAACAAAACGAGAAAAUGGACUACAAUAUAUACAAAAACCCUUAGAUAAUUUCUACAAUAAAAAAGAUACAAAAAAAAUUCAAAAACAAACGGAUUAUCAUAUACCACAACAAAGUCCAAGAAACAACUUUGUACCAGCAGAAGAAAAUUCAGCUUAUGAUUCAAGCACAAUUCGAGAAAUAUACUCUAGAAAAGAAAAUAUACCUCCAAAUGAAUUUAUGAAAGAACCAUUUUUGCCAAUUCAGUCAGCAUUAAGAUCUACAGAAGUUCUAAAUAAUUUAAGACCAAAUACAUGUACUAUAGACUCUAACACUCAAUUAGAUGGUUUAUAUAAUAAUAACCAUAAUUCUCAUAAUUCUCAACAGCUUAGUGAUUUUACAUCACAAAACCAUACAAAUAUAACAAAUUCUUUACAUAAUAAUUCUCCAGAGAAACAAACAGAAUGGAAAUCAGCAAUUUCACGUGCAUUUAAAAAAUUGGAAAAGUGUUAUUUUAUAUCAACCGAAACACAUAUUUAUCUUCAAAAGCUUAAGAAAAUACUCCAAGAAAUAGAUGAAAAUUGUCCUAACCUACUCAAUAUUUUAAUGAAUGAAAUUUUUAUUAAUGGAAACAUGAAAGAGUAUUCAGAAAAUUUAGAGAAUUUACAAUUACUUCAGCUUUAA